AUGACCAAACCAAAUAUCCUUGAACUCCCUAGGGGAGUUCGGCUCGUCUAUCUCGCUGAGGGAGGAGCGAAUGUGAUUUAUCGAUUUGUCGGAAAUCCAACACUCGGCAAAAAAGAUCCGAAGAGGCCACUAUCUCCAUCUGCACUCGACGCGGAUCAUUGCAACCUACCAUCCCAAUUCAAGGGGAAAUUGCUACGACUUCGCAAAGAAACUGCAGCCGACAUCUCCUAUAAAGAGAUUAUUCAAAACUUCGACACUAUCAUCCGACCGUUAUUCAACCCCGAAGAACUAGUCGACCAAGCCCUCAUCAGACUCCCAGAGGGUCUUCUUUCCAGCUGCAACGAGCAACUCCGAACUGCUGAAUUAAACGGGUUACGUCCAAAGAAGCGCCAUGGUGGCUAUCUCUGCCUACAUGAGCCGUUUGGCCUCCUCAUCACCGACAUGACGACGGCCGGAGAUCCCGGCGCUAGCCUCGCCGAGUUGAAACCCAAGUGGCUCAUCCAGUCGCCAUCGGCACCUGCGACAGCGCAUAGGUGUCGGACCUGUGCGCUGAGGGAGAUGAAAAACCGCGAGUCACAACUGCGAGGCCUAAAAGUGCAGCGGUCGUUCUGUCCGUUUGAUCUGGUGUCGGAGCAGUAUGAGAAUGUGCUGCGGGCGACGGGGCUGAUCAAGGGCUGCAAGGAUCGAUCGCGGCUAGCUCGGAUUUUGUAUCGGAACCCCACACUUCAAAGGCUGCAGUCGCUGCAGAAGACUGAAAGGGAUGUCGGGCUGCAGGGACCGGCGGCGCAGUCUCGGGAGAUGUCGCUUGCGAUGACUCUGCGGGACUGUACGAUGUUUAUCAAGGUGAGUCAAGAUACAAACCCGGGAUUUGUUGAUCCCGUCAAGAUGAAGGGGAUCAUCGUCCGGAUCCGAAUAUUGACCACUCUACAGAUCCCUCAUGACGAAAAGUCACCAGUCGAAAUCCGCCUUGGCGACCUCGAUCUGAAGACAGGCGCCGGCGGGAAAGCUGGAUACUGGCGAGACCUUGAGACGCAGCUGAUUAGCCAGGGCUGGUAUCAGGGAAGCGACAUCAGCCAAGAUUCGGGCGAGUGCGCUUUGCAUAGUCCACGAAGACCCUCUCAGUCCCAUUUACUGUGA